ACCCUCGUGCGCAUUGCUGUCAGUUCCUCGUUUGUAAAAAUCGGCUUGAUAAUACCUGCCUGGGGGUGGAAUGAACGUCGGUGUGCCCGCGGGUCGCAGUGCUCCGCAGUCGCGGCAACCGGCGACUGUCGGCACUGCCCGAAUUUUGACAGCCAGGUACACUGGCCAAGGUCUGCCCUCUGGCCGGACAGGCAAACCUCUGCUCUGGUAAGAGCCUCCCUAGGCGGAGCCCUGAGCUGCUUUCAGAAUCGACCGCCAAGUUGAAAGGGAAUUAAAGCGUGACUCCCAUUCAGGACAGACGGACCUAAAGUUCUCAGUCGGAUGAGAGGGGAGUUUCCCCGUCCUGAAUUAGAAAAGCAAGUCAUUAAGCCUGGGCCCUGACUGGUCUUCAUGAGAGAAAAGAGAGAUGGAAACCUUCAAAUCUGGGAAUAAAAAGAGGGUCCUUCCCACAUGGAUGACAGCCCAGGUGGCUGAGAAGAAAAAGGUGUCCGUGAAGACCCCGAAAGGGAGGAAACCGGCAGCAAUGCCAGUGGCUGCUGCGGGAAGGCCUCCUGCCCUGAGGACUGUGUACUGCAUGAGCGAGGCCGAAUUGGUAGAUGUGGCUCUGGGGACCCUGGUUGAGGCCCGGAAACAGGAACAGCCCUCGGAGCCACCGACUCUGGCUGGCUCUGAUAAACCGGAGCUGUCCCCGACCCACUCAGCGUCGUCACCGUCACCGAGCUCUCCUGGGAGUAGUAGCCGCGAGGACGGGGACAAUGGGGAAGACGCCCUUCCUCCAGGCCUCUGCCCUUCUCAGGGGCCCGCGGGGUCGGACUCUGCCCGUAGCAGAAGCCCUGAGGACGAUGAGGACUCGCUCAAGUACGUCAGGGAAAUAUUUUUCAGCUGAAGGGACAGGCUUCUCAGGACUUUCUACUCGGAGCGGAGCGCUGAAGGAAGCCGGCUUCCCCUCCUCCUCCUCGCUGGGGCCUGCAGUCUCUCCCACUCCUCCCGCUCCUCCCCGGGCGCUCCUCCCUGGCAGGCAGAGUCCCCUCCGAGGGGAGCUCCUGUGCUGAGUGUGUGGAAGUGAGGAAUCCAAGUGAGCUUCGGUCAGAAUCUCUCUGCGCUGCGCCUUCUCCGCUCGGAGGCUGUGGUUUUAUUGCCCUUCCGGGUCCAGGGAAAAUGUGGACAUGGUGGCCCAACGGAUUGGAACCGAAGAGCCAACUUAGUAAUUUUCAAAGAAAAAGAGGCACAGCCGCUAAGGGCCCUGGAGCUCCCACGGUCCGGUCCGCGUGGUCUCUCCCUAAGGGAGACGCCUGUUGUGAACCCAGUCCCCGUGCCUCCCGCAGCCCCGGGGCAGGUGCCCUGCGCACAGUGCUCUGCCCUGUGUGGGAUCUGGAGGCUCAGCGUGCAGAUCGGAAGCCCUCCUCCCCCAGGGGGCCGCCUUGCCUCAGUCCCUCCCAGAGACCCUAAAGACGAGAUCACACCGGGGUCCAUGUUUCUGACUCUAUUCAGCGUGGGUUUGGACAGGCGUAGACUGAGGCAGUCAUUUGCUGUAUAGGGUUUCCAAUACACAGGUGCUGAAAAAUACAAACAGCCUCCCGGCGUGUGAGUUGGA